AUGUUCUUCCAUCUUUCAGCUUUGAGCGUAUUCUUGGUGAUCGCAUUCUUGGUGGUGUAUUACAGAUCGAGAAUCUUACCUGUCUUAUCAAGAUAUCUACCCACAUCUUUAGUAGCAAGAUUUACGAAUUAUGAACCGUUGAGAAAUUUCUCUUUCUCAGAUCAAGCCGCAGCUGGAAUCACAUCGAGUAACUUUGAUUUGGAAUCCAAUAAUAUGGCAGAGGGCAGUGGGGAAGGAAGGAUGGGUUUGGACGAAGCUGGAGUUGAAGAAGUGAGGAGGAUCAUGGCAAUCGAGAGAUGUACUUUCGAUCAAGCAAGGUUGAUCAGACAUAACCGAAUCUUAGCUAAAAACGGUAUCGCACCAGAUGGGACUCCACUCGAUAGUAAAGCUAUCACCCGACUUUAA